AUGAAACCACCCCAGCAAGAUGCGCCUGUCUUCAAUGCCUCCUCCUUCUACCAACCUUCGGUGCUCCUCAUGACCGGCAUUCCUGGAAUGGACAAGAGCCAUCACAGACUGAUCUCAAUCCCCUUCUGCUUGUUCUACCUCAUGGCCCUCUCAGGGAACAGCACCAUCCUGUUCAUCAUUAAGCGGACUCCGAGUCUUCACCAGCCUAUGUACUGCUUCCUUUCCAUGCUGGCGAUCGCGGAUCUGGGCCUGGUGAUGUGUACUCUUCCGACCACACUGGGCAUCUUCUGGUUUGACAUCAGGACAAUUGGGUUUGAUGCCUGCCUCACCCAGAUGUACUUCAUUCACAUUGUUUCGGUGUUGGAGUCCUCUGUGCUUCUGGCCAUGGCCUUUGACCGCUUGGUUGCCAUUUCUUGCCCCUUGAGGUACAAAGCCAUCCUGACCAAGCAUACUGUCAUCAAGAUAGGCCUGGUCAUGUUGGUGAGGGCGGGGGUCUCUCUCCUCCCCAUUCCUUUUCUGCUCAAGAGGCUCACGUACUGCCGUAACAACAAUCUCUCCCAUUCCUUCUGCUUCCAUCCUGACGUCAUGAAGCUGGCCUGCACUGAUAUUAGUGUCAACGUUCUGUAUGGUUUAGUCAUCGUUUUUUCAACUGUUGGCAUAGACUCAGUCUUCAUAGUGCUCUCUUAUUUCCUGAUUAUCAGGACUGUGGUAAAGCUGGGUACCAAGGGGGAAUGCCUGAAGGCUUUGAAUACAUGUGCCUCUCACAUCUGUGCCGUAUGCCUUUUUUUCAUCCCUAUGAUCGGCCUAUCUAUGAUUCAUCGAUUUGGUAAGGAUGUCCCUCCAAUUGUAAACACCAUGGUUGCCUAUGUCUACCUCAUAGUGCCCCCUGCUUUAAACCCCAUCAUCUACAGCAUCAAAUCCAAACAGAUCAGGAAAGCUAUCCUGAAGAUGUUCCCUUGGAAGACGGACCCUCUUUGA